AAUGAAUAUUAGAAGAGAUAAUUAAAUUGUAAUUUCAUGUAAACAAUUUUUUAAAAUGGUCAGUGUCUUUAUUUCGAAUUUAAAACCAUCGCCUUUCGGUCGUAUGUUAUCUUCUAACCCUCGCUCUGUAGUUUGUUGUCGUAAAUCUCUUAUCAUCAGCUGCCAUUGGAAUUGCAGUUUCCGGAGAAUCCAAUGAAGAAACAGAUUAUGGAACAGAUGGACAUUGAUCACAUAGUUGAUGUUCCCGACACUCCUGAUAGGUUAACGAGACAGAGGAUCAAUGGUAAAAACAUUAUUGAGGUUGAGAAUCAUAGUCUGUCACCACCCCUCUAUUCACAAAAGCAGAAUGUUAUCAAAGAUGGUUCUAAAGAUCAACCGAUGAUUGUUGACAGUGGAAGUCGAGCUCUAUCCAUGCAGCCUAAAAAAUGCAUUAGCAUCUCAAAUAGCCCUCGAUGUCCAAUUAAUUCUACAAUUUCUUCAUUUUCAAGUUCAUCUCCCUUGAGAAAUGCUAGCCUAUUCCGGAAAGGAGCAACAGAGAAGAACUCCAGUUACCCUAGUCAUGAUUCUAUUAAUAAUCACUCUCAACAGACUUUGAGGCCAUCUUGUAUUCCUGAAUCUUUUAGUCCCGAUGAUAGUUUUGUGGAUUUGACUGGAAAAGACACAUGUGGACCCAUUAUUGGGAAGUCUAAUGUGAAUUCUUCCUUUGUUAGCCGGCUGAAUUUUCUAACAGCAUCACGUGCUGGUGCAAAAUUGAAGAAUGUGGGUGGAGUUGGUUCAAGUAAUGCUGUUCGUGGAGAAGUGGGGUUUAUUGGCAAUAAUGUUCAGGAGAAACCUGGUAGUUGUUUUCUAUCUCGUGAUGCUGCUGCCCCACCUAGAAUAAAUAAGCAAAAGAGACUGGUAAGAAAUGGGUGUAUAUCUCCGAAUAACAUAGCUAAGAUCAAGCAGUUGGAUGGAAAGGAUAGCAAUAGCUUUAUAGAUGUUGGACAUGAUAACAAUAGCUCCGUAGCCAGUGCACACAAUAAUAAUGGGUCAAUAGCUUUUGCACAUAGUAAUAAGAGCUCUAAGCCAUCUUGUCCACGACCAGUGCCAUUUGAUAUCAGGGAAUUGGUUGCUGACGACAACGAUGCUUAUGCAAGAAAGGGCAAAGGAGUGGUGACUCAUUCUUGCUCAUCAAAGGAUGAUUCUAGAAGCAAUGCUUUGCAUAGCAGAAAAGUCAAGUGGAAUCCAUCUCUAGAAGUGGUGAAGUGCUGUUGACAUAAUAUCCACCCUUCUUUUUGUCAAUGCGAACACGGGAUAGUGUAGGAGCUGGAGCUCUAUGAAAUUUUGUGAAAAGGCUACUGGACCAAGUUCUUUCAACAUUGGCACUGGUAAAAACUUUGACAAACCAGGUGGAUGGAGAAGUACUCAUAAUCGGACUAGCGAAAUGAAUAUAUUGUCGCCUGAUGAGGAACUGCGUGUGGUUCAAGAAAAGGCCCCCCUAAUAUAUUCUAGCCAGCAUCAUGUGAAUAAUUUGGAAAGAAGCAAAAAAGGAGUUAGCGUUACAGUUGGUGAUAAUAAAGGCAAAGACUUCAUCUCUUUAGAGCGUUCUUACCCUCCACAUUCAAAGGAAUCAUUCUCCCAUCACCAGGCUCGACCAGGCCAACUAAAUGGGUCUAGUUCUACUACAAACACUCUAAUCAAGAGGCAGAAACAGGGAUUGGCCUCAAGUAGUCGUGAAUGUUCUACAUCGGUCUCUGACGAUCCAGAAGUUGUGUUACUUCCAAAGUCUACUUAUCAUAAUACGAACAACUUAGAGCAAAUUCCUGAGGUUGCUGAGUUAUCUCCUCAAUUAAAACACAAUGCUUGUGAUGAUGGCGUUGCUAGGGCAAGACAGGUUGAAGCAGAUGAAGCUUUGGCUCGUGAACUUCAAGAACAGCUUUACAGCGAACUACCUGUUUUUGGAGCUGCAGAGGUUGAUGAGCACAUUGCACUGGCAUUGCAGCACCAGGACAAUUCAGUUCGUGGGCCUGCUCGGUCAAGAAACCAUGUAUCCAAUGCUCGGUUGUUAAUGGCGUUAGUGCAAUACUCAUUUCGUUUAGCAGUUAACAGGGUGAAACUCUUCUGGGGCUUGGGGUCUGUAGCUAGAUCUGCUUCAUCAGGGAGAUUGACAAGGCUGAGGAGUCGUUUUCCUGGUCAAGCCCGUAGAUUAGUAUAUUCUGGAGACUCAUCUUCCAUAUUCCCUGAAGACAUGGAUGUUGAGAUGGUAGUAUUACACUUCUGCAUUUUGCAGAGAAUGCAUAUACUGGGAGCGCUAGAAGAGUUCAAUGACAUGGGAUUGGGUCUCGGCAUCAAUGACAUUGGAUUGAGUGCUGGCAUCCUUCAAGUUCCGCGUGAUUUCAAUGAGAAUGAUUAUGAAAUGUUACUGGCUCUUGACGACAACAAUGAUCAGCACAGUGGUUGUUCUGUCCAUCAGAUUAAUGGUCUCCCGCAAUCAAAAGUUCAUACUGAGAAUUUUGAUGAAACCUGUGCAGUUUGUCUGGAGACUCCCACCAUUGGUGAUUCUAUCCGCCACUUGCCCUGUUUACACAAAUUUCACAAAGAUUGCAUUGAUCCAUGGCUUCGGAGGAAGACUUCUUGUCCUGUUUGCAAGUCCUCUGUAACUUGAUUGUUACUUCACUUCACUGCCGUGUUACGACUUGCGAGUGCAGAGUGGAAGUUUAAUAACAAGAGACAAUUGUGUGGUCUUAUAGCGAAGUGAUUAAAGGGUCUAAAAUAUACCUUUAGGUUGUUAAACUAUUGACUUGUGUUUUGAUAAAUUUGCUACUGGUUUAUAUUUUACAAAAGCAGCAUGGUUAUCCUUUGUGAAGUUCUUUUUUUUUAAUUAUUAUUUAUUUCAUGAAGUUGCUUAAAAAUGUGAUGGAUGAAGGUUUGGAAGAUGUUACUAAUGCAUGGUUUUUACAUUAGUGUGCAUAAGUUGUGGUGAUCCGUACAAUGAAUUUUCUAGUUUAAGCGGUA